GGUGAAUAAGUGACUUGGGAUGGCUUCAACAACGUCAUCGGUUUAAAAACAUAUUAACAGGUAGUUUGGAAUCCAUCAAUCAGAAUCUUGUUUGGUUCUGGUUGGCUUUCAAAAUUAUAAAAAAAGUAUGCCGUAUUUGUUAAGCGAUAGCCAGAGGAACCCAUAAUGGCUGCAUACUUCUGGGAUGAUCCCAUAAUAGUGCUCUACCUUAUGAUAGCUGUCCUGGUGCUGGACAAUUUCUGGGCCGUGUAUCUGCUGCUGCGCGAGCUUAAUGUCGCCUACAAAGUAGAUAAGGUUCCAGACGUGAUCCAGCCGUUUUUGCCGCAGGAGCUCUACGACAGGAUGCGUAUCUACAAGAUACACAAGGGCUGGCUCACGAUUGUGAACGCACUGAUUACUGUGGUCCUGCUGGGUGUGCUGGAGCUCUACUUUGGUUUCUACGCCUGGCUGUGGGGUGUGGCUGCAAAGUGUGCCCUGGGCGAAUGGAUGAAGCACGAGGCCUGCGUCUCCGUGAUCUUUGUGGUGAUGCUAAGUUUUUACCUCUGGCUAAAGAACCUGCCGGCCGUGUUGUACGACAAGAUCUGUAUAAGAAAAUUGCAGCAGAGGCCAAAGCCACCGUGGCUGGUCAGACUCUGCCAAUUCACAUUCGAACUUAUCCUGGGACUGAUUUUCACCAUUCUAAUGGUGGUGGCGCUGGUCUUCACGUUCAUAGGCUUGGGGCUGUACGCUCCGCUGGCUCUGUACAUCCAAAUGGUAGUCAUUACGGUCACGUUAAUCCUUCUGAUACCGAUUUUCAUCGAUCCGUUCAUGGGCCGGCGUGUGCAGCUGGAAAAUGGAGCUCUUCGCUCGGCACUGGAGGCGCUAACAAGACGUGCCGGUUUCCCCAUGCGACAGGUUCACAUCAUCCGAGUUCACGAUCCAAAUGCGGGCAGCAAUGCUUUUUUCUAUGGCAGCUGUUGCCUCAAGAGGAUCGUGAUCUUCGAUACCCUGUUGCUGAACAAAGGCCAAAGAGAUUUAUCGAAUCUGGAGCCCGAGGAGGUCGGCAAAGGGCUGUCGGACACCCAGGUAACCGCUGUGGUGGCUCACGAACUGGGUCACUGGAGGCACGGCCACUUUUACAAGGCCCUCGUAACGUUCCAGCUGCACCUGGCACUUACCAUCUUGCUGUUUGCCUUGGUUUUUCCCCGCGGACCCAUCUACCAGGCUGUGGGAUUCGAACCGGACUUGCAGCCCAUCAUCGUGGGAUUCCUAAUCAUCUUCGGUUUCGUAAUGACGCCCUACAUGACCUUGAUCAACUUCGGUAUGCUGAGCAUGACCCGCUGCUUCGAGUACCAAGCGGAUAGGUAUGCCUUCGGACUGGGAUACGGACCGGAUCUGCGCCUGGCGCUGCUCAAGCUGUAUGCGGAUAACCUGGCGUUUCCCGUAUCGGACCGCUGUUACUCCCAGUGGCAUCACACCCACCCCACCAUGCUGGAGCGCCUGGAUCGGCUCAGCAGCCUCUAAAGACUGUGAGUAGUUCGGCUCCCUUCUCUCCGUUUUCGAACAUGGUUGG